GUCUGUCAAACAUUUUUAUAAUAGUUUAUUUAAUAAUAAAUGAAAAAUGAAAAAUUGAAAUGAAUGGUAUUAAGAUAACCAAACAAAAAGAAUUCUUAGAUUCUCAAAUCAAUAGCAUCUUCAAGGCUAUGAACUUACAGGAAACACCAGUCAAGGAAAAACAUGUUCGAUCCAUAAUUAUAGGCUCGUUCGUGGGUAUAGGUUGCGAAGUGUUUUGGAACGUUGUCAUGGAAAAUAUGCCCCUACAAGGGAAUCAGAUCGUAUGCUGGAAGUUUUGCUACAUCCUGUACAAGCUUAUGAGAGAUGGCCAUCAUAAUACUCUCACGAUAUCGCUCAAAUACAAAACCCGUAUCAAGGAUUUGGGAAAACUCUGGGGCCAUUUGAAAGACGAUUUUAGUCCCCUAAUAAAAAACUUUUGUAAUCUAGUCUCCAACAAAUUAGAUUUCCAUUACAAAAACCCCCAUUUUCCGAAUACGCUUAUGAUUGAACAAAGAGAGCUGGACAAAUACUACACAAACGACGAUGCUUAUUUCCAAUUAUCCACGGAGCUGCUAGAUUAUCUUGAGGACAUAAUCAAGCUACAGGCUUGCAUAUUUCGCUCCCUCGAACUCAACAACUUAAAUUCAUUGACUUUGAAUGGUCAGUGCAGAGUUCAACCGUUGAUACCCUGCAUACAAGAAGCCGUUUUACUCUACGAUCAUAUAGUCAACAUUAUGCUGAGAUUGCACGCAAAUCUCGAUCAGGACUUUUUGAUUGGACACAGGCAAAGGUUUUUGGAAAUGUUUAAAUAUUUGAAGAAGUUUUUCGAAGAGGCCCUACGACUUCAAUAUCUCAAAAAUUUGGUCGCUAUCCCACAAUUAUCCGAGCAUUCACCAAAUUUCGUCAAACACACUCCAGUUAGAUUAAGAAAAACUCAAUUUAAAUCAACUGAUGAUCAAGAAAAUUCACCCUUUAAUUCAUCACUCACUACAUCAUCGCGCCAGCCUGAUACUGACGAUAGAAAAAGCCUUUACCAACAAACCAAGUUCAUAGCCCAGAGACAUCCUUCUAUCCCCUCGAUCCAACCCGAUUACGCUAGGCUCAUAAAUCUCAUUGAUGAUACUUCGGAUUCUUCUUCGCUUGGUAAAAGUAAGGAAAACAGUAGCAUAGAUAUGUUGGCUCAAAUACUGGCAGAGAAUAUGCAACUUAAACCGGAAAGUGAAGAAGGCAACGUGAAAAGCGAAUUCUCAAAAGUUGAUAAAAGAAUCCAGAGUCCUGGUCUUGUAGAAGUCAAAAAGGUAUCUGACGUCGAAGAAACGGAAGAGGAAAUAGAUUUAACCCCAUAUUUUCAUAAUGGUCACACGCCUUCCUCCUCUUCUAAGUUCAACGCCCAAAACCCAUCUUUUCGAACGACGCAACAUCUUUCCAAAGAAGAUAAAUCGAGCAAUACCGAAAUUUAUAUCGAUGACCGAGAUAAUUCAAAAGACAGUGAUAGGGUCGAUAAUUACACCGAUACCCAGGAUCUGAUUUGCAAGCCCAGUGAGGAGGAAGAAAAAUUAAGAAUUAGUCUCGAAAACUUCAAAACACGUUACGAAACUCUGAAACACAUGUACGAGAAUUUAAGAAGUUCCCACUUUCAAUUGAUAAAGAUGUCCAAAAUAACGAAAUUGGACAAGGAAUCUCAGGCCGAAAAUAAUCAAGAAUUCUCAAAUAUACCCAACACAUCAACCAUAGACCAAAAUCUAUCCCUCGAGUUGGCGCUCAAGAUACUAGCCAUUUUUGUCCAAAAUUUUCGCGAUACCAUAAUGAACGAUACUUUGAGCAUCCAUUCAUCCACACUCGUUCCUUACUUCUAUAAUGAUGCAAAUUCAAGCCAAGCAUCGGUCCAACAUGAUUCCAUCGAAUAUUUGACUCAGAGUGGUACCUUUAUAAGUCAAAUUCUGAAAUCUUUGAUACCCAUCCAUCAAGAUGAAAAAAAGUCUGAUUUAGAGUACUCUGGUAAGGGUAACCUUACUGACUAUUUGGUAGUCCUGUGCAAAUUUUUUGGAGGGCUCAUGCGAGUUUGCGAAAGUACCAGAGGUACAGCAUCGAAUCUAUACCAAGAUCAAAUUUCAUCCUCAAGCUCUGGAAAAGGCAAGGCGGAAGAGAAUAUUGAUAACGAUUUUGAAAUGCUAGGCUUAGAACCUGUAGAAACUGAUAUUCCUAUUUUGCUUGCUCAUGCCUCCAGUUCUAAUUUUAAAGAAUCCAAUAAACUUUCAAACGGUUUCUCUGUUGAUAAAAUAGCGAAAAAUAUAACAUUCCCAUCCUCAAUCUUGAAACUCAUAGAUAAUUUGCACCGAAGCCUUAUUACUACUUGCAAAUUUUUUAGCGACAAAACAUACAACACUACUACGGAGACUAAUGAGUUGUGCAAUAUUUACCUCAACAAUUUUGAUACGACAAAUGAGAUACAUCCCGAAAACUUCAUCCUUAGAAUAACGACUCAGUGGAACACAUUCCUCAAAUACCUGGCUAAUGAAUUAUUGUUACUUAUAAAUUCAUCCAUCACUCCUUCCUUGAUACAGCCAUUUAAUAAUGAUAAUCUAAACGAAGAAUUAGCACAAUGCGAUAAAGAAAUUUGGGAGAUAUUUGAAGACAUCGAUUCUUCUAGACUUCAGCUUGAGAAGAGUAUAUCUGUUCUGGUUACUCUUCCUACUUAUAAAUCCGAAGAUAAACUAUUGCUUGAAGUGUGCAAUGAACUAAUGAUGGCGGUUAAAUUAUUGAUAGAAAAGGCUGUUUUUCUACAAAAAGAAGUAUGUCAAUACCCAGACUCUCAACAGAUUUAUUACUGCAAAGGAGAUAAAUGGAGUGAAGGUUUUAUAUCCGCCGCUAAAAUUGUUGGGCUCAAUGCUAUCUUAUUGGUGGAAAAUGUAAAUAAACUACAACUUAAAUCAGUUAAAUAUGAACAAAUCAUGACAAUCGCUAAAGAAAUGACAAAAAACCUAGCCCAAUUAACAUGGUCAGCAAAGGUUAAAUCUAGCAAAGGGACAAAAAAUGAAGAUUUAGUUAAGGAAUUAUGUGAAGUUUCCAAAUCUGUUGGUGAUAAAGUUCACGAGGUUCUGAAAGCCUCAAAAACUAUGUAUAUCAUUAUUUUCCAAGAGAGUUUGGAGGUUAAUCUAACAAAUCUCAGCAUCCAUCAAGCCAAAUUAUUGGAGAUGGAAAGCCAAAUCAAGGUUCUUGAACUUGAAAGUCAAAUUGAAAAAGAACGUUCAAAACUGUUGAUUUUAAGGAAAAGAAAUUACCACCUUCCAGAAACUUAUUAAUUUCUAAAUAUUUAUAUAUAUAUUAUAAUCAUGUUAAAGAAUGUAUUAUUUAUAAUUCCAUAUAUUUUAAUAUAAAAAUUUUAUUAUUUAAUACUCAAUAUCACAGAAUAUUAUU